AAUAAAGACACUUUUCUUGGCGUCAUCGAACCUCAAAAGUCACUUGUCCCAAGCACACCUUUUGUUACUCUUGCUGAUAUCCCUCCACGAUGAGUAACAAACUACAAAAUAACCUUUUUCAGCUCAAGUUUACGUCAAAGCAACUACUGAAUCAAUCGAAGAGAGCGACUAAGGAUGAAAAUGCUGAGAAGACCAAAUUGAAAACGGCAAUUCAAAAGGGAAACAUGGAAGGUGCUAGACUUCACGCCGCCAAUGCUAUAAGAAAGAAGAACGAAUCGCUCAACUUGCUGCGGUUAUCCUCAAGAAUUGACGCCGUGGCUAGUCGAGUGCAGACAGCCGUGACAAUGCAACAGGUUACUGGAUCGAUGGCGAACGUCGUGAAAGGCAUGGAUAGAGCUAUGCAAUCAAUGAAUCUUGAGAAGAUCUCAAUGGUGAUGGAUAAAUUCGAAUCGCAGUUUGAGGAUUUGGAUGUACAAACAGAAUACAUGGAAGGGGCUAUGGCAGGAACCACCACCAUGACGACACCUCAAACCGAAGUAGACGGCUUGAUGCAACAAGUUGCUGACGAGCAUGGUUUGGAACUCAACCAAGAGUUUGGAAACUUUGCUCCAGGCACCUCCAUUGCUGGAUUGAACAAGCAAGAAGAGAAGGAUGUUGAGGCCGAUAAGCUAGACGAGAGACUACGUGCUCUGAGACAAUGAUCAACCUACUGUAUACC